AUUAUUAAAUCAACAAUCAAAUAAUUAAUACAUUAUCACAGGCACAAUUAUUUCCAUUUAAAAUAACGCACGAUAAUAAUUUUUCAUAAAAUUUUUUUAAUCUAAAACAAACUAAAUUAGUUAAUAGAGAAAAUGAAAUCCGGAAAUAAUGAAUAACUCACUCCUCUUGCCUCGACAAUAUUAAUAACUAUUUGUAAAUGUUAUAAUUAAUAAGAGAAAAGAGUGCAUUUAUUCGGGUUUCAAAAAAAAAAAAAAUUGUAAAUACGAAUACAUAUAUCUUAGAAAAGAGAACCUAAUUAUUCCAUCAAAUUAAAAGUAUGUUAAUGUAAGAUAAAAGUAUAUGAAUGAUGUCAUCAUAUUCGUAAACGAAUACUGAAUCAUAAAGAAAAUAUAUUUGUAAAAAAAUAUCAAUAAAAAAAAAUUUGUAAUCAGAAUUAUCAGACUUAAAAUUUAAAUACAAACUUUAUAUUAAGUGACCGGCUUUUGUUUAUUAGUCUUGAGAAAUUCAUUAUAAAUUUCAAAGUCAAAUUUUGUCAAUCAAAAUUUUUUAUUAUAAAAAAUGAAUAAAAAUACAAAAAAACCGUGCUAUCCAGAGUUUUCUACCGGUAAUGGAACCGCAGUCGCUGAAGCACUUGAUAAUUGGGGAUUUUCCAAUGGCAGAACUCUUGAAGGUGGCAUCAGUCGUAUGAAAAAAAUAUUUAAUGAAAUGGAUAAAUUAAAAACAAACAAAGGUAACAUGCAAGUAGUCUACUCUCGUAGAAACGACCCGGAGGCUUGGCAGUACCCUCCAAGUUCUUCCGAAUGUAAACCAGCCUGGCAUUUUCCGGAAAAACGUCCUCUUAUAACUUUUAACUCUACUGCUGAAGUAAUUUAUGUGUCUAGCUUGUCUUCAGUUAAGCAGGAACUUGCUAAUCCAGCUCCUGGGAGAGAAUAUCGCGCUAUAGUACUGUUAGAUUUAUUGUUAAUAAUUACAUGUACUAUAAAAUAA